CUUACAUACUAUGACGAGGUACCUAACAUAAGACCUAGCCCGGGCGGAUAUGGUCCUUAAUCCAACGAAUUAGCUAUUACGGUAAAUUGAUUUCUCAGUCGUGGCUGGCUGGCCUUCCGUCAUCGUCUCCUUCGCAUCCUACCCGCUACGUAAUUUUGUUGCUCCCCUUUCCCACAAUCCGGCAUCCGAUUUCUUACAAUACCAUCAUCAUUAUUCAGCUCAUCAACAGCCUAUAAAAGCAUAAGUAGUCGUGUUUAGCUCACUGCCUACCUACCUACCUAAUAACAACAUCGUGCGAUACCUCUUUUCUUGCAUACUAGCAUACCAGCAAUACCUACCAACAAAUCAAACUUCCUUGCCGUAAGUCCGGCAGUCUCCGGAUCCCACAUCCCUAGCCGCCUUGUCCCAUUCCUACGUGUACAUAUUAAGCAAGGUGGCUUUUCGCUAACCCUAAAACAUUUAGCACAGCUACUUUGCUUUGACAUCAGCUGCAGCUUCUUUUCCCCGCCUCUGCGCAACCAUAUUGCCUUUUAUCAACUUUCAAGUCCACAGACCUUUUUUUUUUUUUCCCUUCUGAACCCUUUACAGCUCUACGAAUAAAUCAUAGAAAAAAUGUCUGCGCAAGAUCGUGUUCAGCAUUAUAUAUCCCAGCUCGACCGUGAGCUCUCCAAAUACCCUGCUCUCAGCAACCUCGAAAAGCAGUUCGGAGUUCCUAAGGUUUAUGCUGUUCUCGGCGUAGGCUCCCUCUACUUAUUCUUCAUCAUUUUCAACCUUGGCGGUCAACUCCUGACCAACUUCGCCGGCUUCGUGGUCCCCGGAUACUACUCCCUGGCAGCCCUAUUUAGUUCCACCAAGGCAGAUGACACUCAGUGGCUAACCUACUGGGUUGUCUUCGCCCUCUUCUCCGUUAUUGAGAGCGCCGUCAGCGUUGUCUACUGGUUCCCCUUCUACUAUACCUUCAAGUUUGUCUUCUUGCUUUGGCUUUCGCUGCCCAUGUUCAGCGGCGCCCAACUCAUCUUCCGAUCUUUCUUGCACCCAAUGCUUGGACGACACUUUUCCGAGUCUGGUUCAACUGCUGCCAACUUGCGCGCCAAGGCCGACUCUUUUGGCAAGGACCAGUAAACUAGCUUGUUUGAUCGGGCCGCCACUAUGAGCAUGGACAAGCAGAGCAAUCCACACAUGCUCUAGUGGAUACAAAUUCGUCAAGUUGACAUAACUACUGGCAACUCGUCAGUGACAGUCCAUGACCAGGGUUUCCCACCCUAAAGAAGAAUGGAAGAACUAUAGUU